GAAAAAAUCUUUUAAAUUCUUCCUAAGACUUGGUUAGAUGAAAAAUACAUGCAUGGAAGCAUCUUCAGUUGUGGUUGAUUCAUGUUCGUUCAAAACGCGACUGGGGUUGGGGCAUUUUAUAUUUAAACAUUUCUGCUUUUCUCUAGCCAAAAGUGUUCCGAUGAGCGAUGUGGUCCGUGGGCUUUUUGUAUUUUUUAUUUUAUGAUAGAACCCAGGAAAUUGUUCCUACGCUAUGUCCAAAGCAGCAAUGGAUGCAUUCACCAGGAAUUUAGCUAUUGAAUUAGCACCUUUCGGAAUACGGGCAAAUAGCGUAAGACCAGGACUAACAAUGAGUAAUCUUGCGAGACAUGACAUAACAGAUGAAGAAUUCUUCAAAAAGAUGAUGACAUUAUUCGGAAAUGAGAACCCCUCUGGACGGAAUGGUACGCCGCAAGAUGUGGCCAAUGCUGUAUCUUUCUUGGCGUCUGACAAAUCAUCGUAUAUAACGGGACAGGACAUAGUUAUUGAUGGCGGACGUUUUAUUCGAUAUUAAUUUAAAACAAUUACUUCACAAUAUUAUGUUUGACUUUGAUACAAAUUAGAUCAGAUUGGCAGAUAUAUUCUGGUAGCCACAUUGGGCGCU